AUCAGCAGGAAAGGUGGCAAGAGACAGAGAGAGAGAGAGAGAGAGAAAGAAAGAAAGAGGUGAAGAAGAUGUCUGAUUUCCUGGUCUGCAAGGAAUUAUCUCCACCUAAACAAGUGUGGAUUAACGCUACAGUGUGAUGAGGAAGUCCUUUCCCUCCCUUUCAAAUUGUGGGAACCAAGGAGAAGCUGGUUUAUUCCACCCUGACUAAAAACAUUAUGGGUUGCUGCUACAGUUUAGACUAUGAUGAUGAUUUGGCCAUGGGCACUGAGAUUUGUGAGGUGUGUCACUAUCCUAUUGAUCCAGCCACCAAGCCUCAGAGACCCGCUUUAAACGGCUCUGGGUUGCACGCUCCUCUGUUGCCGUCUGAAGGGAUUCCUCCUCCUAGUUCACCCCUUCAAGAUAAACUGGUGGUUGCACUGUAUGAUUAUGAAUCAACUCAUGAUGGAGAUCUGCUGCUUCGGACAGGAGAACAGCUGCGGAUAGUAGAAGAGACAGGGGAGUGGUGGAAAGCUCAGUCCCUCACCACAGGACAAGUGGGCUACAUCCCAUGCAACUUUGUCGCCAAGUUGAACACACUGGAGCAAGAGCCUUGGUUUUUCAAAGCCCUCAGCAGGAAGGAUGCUGAGCGCCGGCUUCUCACUGCUGGUAACACACACGGUGCUUUCCUCGUUCGCGAGAGCGAAUCCACCAAAGGCUCCUUCUCCCUCUCUGUGCGAGACUUUGACCAGAACCAAGGAGAAGUUGUGAAGCACUAUAGGAUACGGAAUAUGGACAACGGCGGGUUCUACAUCUCUCCGCGCAUCACCUUUGACAGCUUGCACAGCCUGGUGGAACAUUACACAAACAACACAGAUGGGCUCUGCACCCGCCUUGGCAAACCCUGCCAAGCUCAGAAGCCACAGAAACCCUGGUGGCAGGAUGAGUGGGAAGUGCCCCGAGAGAACCUAAAGCUGGUGGAGAAACUUGGAGCAGGGCAGUUUGGUGAAGUUUGGAUGGGCUAUUAUAAUGGCCACACAAAAGUGGCCAUCAAGAGUUUGAAGCAAGGCAGCAUGUCGCCUGAAGCCUUCCUGGCUGAAGCCAACCUGAUGAAGAAGCUGCGCCAUCUGCGCCUGGUGAGGCUCUACGCGGUGGUGACUCAAAAGCCCAUGUUCAUCAUCACAGAGUAUAUGGAGAAAGGAAACCUGGUCGAUUUUCUCAAAGCUGCUGAAGGCACCAAAUUAACAAUUUAUAAACUUCUAGACAUGUCCGCACAGAUAGCAGAAGGAAUGGCCUUCCUGGAGAAGAAAAACUACAUCCACCGUGACCUGCGAGCUGCCAAUAUCUUGGUGUCCGAGACCCUCUGCUGCAAGAUUGCAGAUUUCGGCCUGGCCCGCCUUAUGGAGGACGACGAAUACACGGCUCAGGAGGGAGCAAAGUUCCCAAUUAAGUGGACAGCCCCCGAGGCCAUCAAUUAUGGAACAUUCACCAUCAAGUCAGACGUCUGGUCGUUUGGGAUUCUACUGACCGAGAUCAUCACUUAUGGCCGGAUCCCUUACCCAGGGAUGAGCAAUCCAGAAGUCAUCCAAAACCUGGAGCGAGGCUACCGGAUGCCGCAACCGGAUCACUGCCCGGAAGAGCUGUACAAACUGAUGCUGCAGUGCUGGAGGGAGAGCCCGGAGCAACGGCCCACCUUCGAGUUCCUGAAAGGGGUCCUGGAGGACUUUUUCACUGCCACGGAAGGACAAUAUGAGCAGCAAGUGUGAGAGGGCUUCGAGCAAGGAUCCUGGACGCCCUUCCUGACAACCUGAUGCUCCAGGACCGGGAAGGAGACUCUUUUGAGUUCUGGAAGCCUCCCCCCCCCCGCAAAUCCGAGAUGGCCGGGGGGGCAGGAUGGGCUACCGUAGAAAGGCUUAUUAGGACCACAAUGACCUCCUGAGAGCUCCCGGUGGGGAACGUGCACCUUUUUUCAAAAGGAAAAGAAAACCGACCUUCAAAGGUGCCCGGAGGACCUGGGAGGGAGCUCCCGCCUGUGGCUCUGCAGGCGGAAGCGAGCCAGUUUUUAUUCCCUUUUGCUUCGGCUGCUCGGUAGAAGGCACACGCAACUGAUAGCGCUUUACAAAUAAAGGCAACCGCAGGAAGGCUGUUCCUUAACGCGAAGGUCCUCUGCCCCCUCGGAGGCCCUGGCUUUCCUGGGACUGCUGUGCAACCUGGUCUGGAGGUGGAAUCAAAGCGACAGGAAGUGGUUCUGGGAUGUGGUCAAAAAAGUCAAGAUGGCGCCCACAAUGGUGGGGUCCGAGGACCGCCUGUUUUUUAUGUCUGUACCGACACGCGUGAAAAAGAGGCAGAGCUUUGCUUGCACCGUUGGGCCAUCCUGACUUUUUGGACCACACUUUGGAUCUGGUGAAGAGAAGAAAGGAAGGUGGAGGAGACAGGAGGGAAGAAAGGUAUUUACAGGCACUUAAAUGCAACAGCAUUUAACACCACUGUUUCUUGAACAUGCCAUAAUAACCUGGGUUCACACGGGAUGUUAAGACUAUAAACCGUGGCUUACAAAACCAUUGCAUAGUUAUGAAAUUAUAUAAUGUGAUGUUUUCUAUAUGCACACACGCUUAAUACACUGGUUGG